AUGACUUUUCAUCAAAUGUUUAUCGUUUUAAGUUUGUUAUUGAGUGUUAGUGUCAAAAAAUCACAAUCUGAAGAAUACUUUAAAGAUGGAAUUUAUCUGAACUGGACUGGAGUGUUUGUUUCUACAUUGGCUAAAGCUCAAAAUCAUUGUCAGCGCUCUGGAAUGAAAUUGCUGGAAUUAAGAGAUGAAAGAAUGUUUGAAGUGUUGAAUAAUAAAACUAGCAAUGGUAAAGUUGCAAUUGAAAGCCACAAGGACUGUGUUGUGGUUGAACUUUCAGAUAAUGACUCCGUGACUGUUUCGUCUCAAACUGCCUACCAUGAAUUCCAUUAUGCUUGCCAAUACAAACAGACGGAUCCAACGAGCAGUCAACCUUGGAAUGUUGAAAUGAACUCGAAAAAAUUACGCUGGUUCGACGCCAGGAAUGACUGCCUGAGGAAGGGUGGAGAUUUGCUGGUUAUGAGAGAUGCCAUCAGGGAUAGCAAGGUGAUUUUUAAAGACUACAGAAACGUGCCCUACUGGGUGGGCCUUACGAAUUUGAAUUACUACUGGCAAACUGGUUAG